CCUUCUCUACAAAACCUCCCUACAGCCAUAAAAACCUUAGCCUACACAAAGUACAGAGAAAAAAAAAAUCAGAGCUAUAACCAUAGCUGUUUUUCUUCUCACUUUCUCUCUGUGUACGAAUUUUUUUGUUUAAUAAGGUUCUCUCUUAAUUUUUUUCUUUAUAUAGUUGUAUUAGGAUCUAUCUUUCUUCAACGUGAAAUAUUUGACUUGUUUCAAUUUUCACCUCUAGUAACAGCAACAAACAAGUCUUUGAUUCCUCUUAUCUUUUUUUUUCCGCUGUUCAUUUCACAAAAUUCCACACAUUUUUCAGCAUCUGAUUCUCAAAGCCUAUUACCGAAAGUUCCAAUAGAUUAGUUUUUCUCCAUUUUGUUGAAAAUCAACAACUAUGUUUCCCUGUUACUAAAAUUCUUAUAUACGAUAUGUCUGAUAUAUUUGGUGACGCAAACGAGUCGAAUGAUAAUUUUUCUUUCGUGGGGUCGAAUUUUAGUAAAAUUUCGAUGAGUACGAGCAGUGAUCAUAGCCACAGCACAAGUUUUAGUCGGCUAUCCUUCGAGCUUCCGCCGAGCUCGCCGGAGCAGAAUCCGACGUUGAAGCCUCACCGGUCGUCGGAUUCUUGUUUUCAGGCGAUACGUUCAGUCGGAAAGGGGUUGUGUUUUAGGGAUUUUAGUCUCGUCCGGCAGAUCGGCAGCGGAGAUAUCGGCAGAGUGUACCUCUGCCGCCUCCGUAACGCUGCGGAUGAGGCGGCGAAGGAGCGGCUUUACGCCAUGAAGGUUGUGGACAAUGAGGUUUUGGCUUUGAAGAAGAAGGAUCAAAGAGCUGAAACUGAGAGGAAAAUUAUUAAAAUGUUGGACCAUCCUUUUUUGCCUACGCUUUAUGCUGAGUUUGAAGCUUCUCAUUUUUCGUGUGUUGUUAUGGAGUACUGUUCUGGUGGUGAUUUGCAUUCCCUUAGACAUAAACAACCCCAUAAACGCUUCUCUCUCAACACUUCUAGGUUUUACGCAGCUGAGGUUUUGGUAGCACUCGAGUAUCUCCACAUGUUAGGGAUAAUUUACAGGGACUUGAAGCCAGAAAAUGUGUUGGUUAGAUCGGACGGUCACAUUAUGCUCACGGACUUCGAUUUAUCCCUUUGCUCAGACUCAAUCGCAGCCGUUGAAUCACCUGACUUUGCAUACGAAUCGUCAACUUCACCUCCGCCAUUUUUCUGCAUAUCCAACCGGCUGUUCCGGUCAAAGAAGGUACAAUCGUUCUCAACCAACCGUUUGUUUGUGGCUGAACCGGUCACUGCCCGGUCAUGUUCGUUUGUUGGGACCCACGAGUAUGUGGCACCUGAGGUGGCAUCCGGUAGGUCCCAUGGAAAUGCCGUGGACUGGUGGGCCCUGGGUAUCUUCAUUUACGAAAUGGUCUACGGAAGGACGCCAUUUGCUGGUGCAUCCAACGAAGCUACGCUGCGGAGCAUUGUGAAGAAACCAUUGACUUUCCCGACCAACGCACCUGCUACAACGAGUGAAGCGCACGCUCGGGACUUAAUAUCUGGGCUGUUGAACAAGGAUCCGAAUAGGAGACUCGGGUCGAAGCGUGGUGCAGCCGACGUCAAGACCCACCCGUUUUUCAAGGGUUUGAAUUUUGCACUUAUACGAUCAGUGACGCCACCAUCAGCACCAGUAACUAGGCCAGAGAAAACGAUUUCGUCACAUUAUAGCAGUGUCAAGAAACAAACGGCGCCAUUUGAGUACUUCUGAUGACCAACAGAUAUAUUGUAUUGUUAGUUCAACGUGGCCAAAUAUUUUUCCCCUCAGAUAUUUUGGUCGACGUAGGAGUAGUAGUAGCAGGGUUCACAGAAUGUGACUAUUUAGUAUUAUUAUAUUGAAAAAGAAGAAGGAAAUGUAUAUAUAAAGUGACUUCCCAUGCGGCAAUGAUACAAGGUUUCUUUUACAUUA